UCCACCCGACCGAGCGGCGGCUGUGGGCAACGAAACCCUAGCGAGUGAGGCGGGGGCGCGGUGCAGCGCCGCCUCCUCCCAUCCACCUUGUCUCCCUCCCUCCCAAUCUCCUCCCUCGUCUCCCUCCCUCCCAAUCUCCUCCCUCCCGGUCUCUUUCUCGUCCAUGGACGGUGGUGGCAGCGCCAUGGAGCACGGCCGCACAACUUCGAUGUCGGGGCAGGUGGGCUCGGGCGUUGAACGGCUCCACGGGAGCAGCAGCAUGCGGCGCAUCCAAUCGGGCUUGGGCAGUGCCCCGGCGCCGGACGCACGCGCUGGUUUCCGGCAAGCUGGACAUGGUGAUGGAAGUGCACCCUAUGUUAGUAGGGUCAGCAUCGAUGAAGCCAGAAGGAGGGAAAAUGUCAACCCCGACAAUGAAGAUAACAUUCUGAUGGGGAAUGGUUCAGCUCCAAGAGAGACAGCUUGGAAAAGGGCUUGUAAGCAAUGACAUCUAUUAUAUUUGGAACCAUGGCCCCAAGUUUGGUGGGGGAUUUGAUUGUCGAUACUGCCCCCUAAUCACUAGAGGAGGAGGUGCAACCUGCUUUAGGGAGCACCUUGGAGGUAUACCAGGUGAUGUGAGGGAGUUCCCUAAUGUUCCAAGAAAUAUCCGUGCUGCAAUGAGGGAAUCCCGGGAUGCUCAAUGCGGAAGAAGAGGGAAAAGAAAAAUCUUAGAUGGAUACAACCAUGUUUGAUGCAAAAAAUCCUAUGAUGGAAUGGUUGAAUGAGGAUGAGGAGCAUGCAAUCUUGGAUGGAGUUGAUGCUGCUACCGCCGUGUUUGAGAAAAUACGUUUGCUUAACUCAAGUAGGAAAGUGUCUCGUCUUGCAAGGAAGGACAAUGGCAGGAAAAGAAAGAGGGUAGAGGAAGAAGAGGAUGACUACCAUGAUAGUGAGGAUGAUGAUGAAGAAAAUGAGGACCUGGAACUGGAAAUUGAUGAUGAUGAUGAUGAUAGCCAUGAUGAUGGUGCAAGUCAAUCUGAUGGAGGAGAUUUGCCAAUGCAAGUUGAAAAGGAUUUAGCAAGCCAAGUUGGAAACGAUGUUGAGGUAACAAGUGAUGGUAGUUUGGUUAACCGUAGAUCUGAACGGGUUAGGCAAGCCAAGAAGGUCAAGGAGGUAGAUCACCAGCCUUUACAAUUGACAAGUAAGUUCCUUGUGAUGACAUCAA